UUCUAGAUGCAGUCACAGGUGUUACUUACGAGAGGGAUCAUUUUUGCGGACAGCCAUGCCGGCAAAAUCAGCCCCCAUCAAGAAAUCGGUCAAAGUGGCCAAGAAGGAGGAAAAAGCACCAGCACCGGAACCUGCACCAGAACCGACACCGGAGGCGCCCCCUGCAGAAGCCGCGCCAGUGGAACCAGCGACCGCCGAGGCAGCCCCUCCUGCUGAAGCCCCACCAGCAGAAGCACCCAAGGCACCAACACCCCCUCCUCAAGCAGAGCCCACCAGUGAGCCCCUGGAGCUGUCUGUUGAAGACGUCAAUGACACGUCAGUCACUAUCCAGUGGAGGCCACCUGCUACCAUCAGUAGUGUGGGCUUGGAUGGCUAUAUAGUGGAAUGCUGCAAGGAAGGAACUGGUGACUGGAAAGCUAUUAAUGAGGAGCUCACUGUGUCCUGCCGUUAUGUCAUUAAGAACCAGACCAUUGGUGAUCGUCUCAACAUCAGAGUGGUGGCUGUGAAUGCCGGCGGCCGUAGCCCACCCAGUACUUUGCCCGAUGCUGUGUUGGUCAGAGAGGUUGUUGAUCGCCCCAAGAUUCGACUGCCACGUUUCCUGAGGCAGCGUUAUGUCAGGAAAGUUGGAGAGAAGGUCAACCUUGUUAUCCCCUUCAGUGGCAAACCUCAGCCUGUGGUCACCUGGACAAAAGACGGGCAGCCAGUCGAUACCAAGAGAGUGAAUGUUCGUAGCACUGACAAGGACAGCAUCUUCUUUAUCCGUGGGGCAGAGAGAGCUGACUCUGGUGUCUACGAGAUGUGCGUUAAAGUGGACAGCUUUGAGGACAAAGUCCAGAUAACUCUGCAGAUUAUUGAAUUGCCUGGUCCGCCAGCCAGUGUAAAGAUUGUGGACUGCUGGGGUUUCAAUGUUGCUCUGGAAUGGACUGAGCCAAGAGAUAAUGGGAAUACAACUAUCACAGGAUACACAGUCCAGAAAGCUGAGAAAAAGACCGGGGACUGGUUCACAGUGUUGGAGCACUAUCACAGGCUGAAUGCCACUGUCUCAGAUCUCAUCAUGGGAAACACCUACAGCUUCAGGGUCUUUACUGAGAACAAGUGUGGUAUCAGCCCAGAGGCCACUGUUACCAAGGCUUCUGCAACCAUCCAAAAGACAGGCAUUGUUUAUAAGCCACCAGAGUACAAGGAACAUGACUUCAGUGAGGCACCCAAGUUUACCACCUCCAUGCCAGACCGCUGCACCACUGUGGGUUACUCCACAAAGCUGUUGUGCUCUGUCAGAGGUUUCCCCAAGCCCAGGAUCCAGUGGAUGAAGAACCAAAUGAUCAUUGGUGAUGACCCCAAGUACAGGCAGAUCAAUAACCAAGGCAUAUGCUCUUUGGAGAUCCGCAAGCCAGGCAACUUUGAUGGUGGCGUGUAUUCCUGCAGGGCCAUCAAUGAGCUUGGAGAGGCUAUUGUCACCUGCAAGCUGGAGGUCAAGCAGCCAGUGACUUCUGACGCUGAUAAGAAAUAAGGUGUAGAGCCACCUUUGUGCAGUCCCAAAUUAGGAGCAGCAGGAUGAGAAAGUCCUUUUGAAAGGAUAUUGAAGACACUGGUUGCAACGCAAAAAAAAGACAUGAACUGUACAUAUGAAGGAAAAAAAAGAGACACUUAUCACCUUUUUCGUAUGUAACACUUUGACUCACAUUUACAGAAUUAUGUAGGUAUAUACAUCAUUGACUGCCUGUGGAUGAGACAUCUAUUUAUCUAUGUUUCUAUUUGUGUAUCUGUGUCCCCAUACCUGUCACUGUCUUGUAUUGCAAAGCUGAUCAUGUUUCCACCAGUUUCUAUGGGAUCAUCUGCAAAAGGGAAAACUUGUUAAGAGUUUUCAGUGUUUGUUGAAAAUAAAUUCAUGCCUUCGA